GAUCGCAUUGCAUGUGUACGACCAUGAGAUCUCCCACUUAAGAAAGGGAGCGCAGGCCGAAGUCGACUGUGCGCAAGCUUUAGAGACUUUUUGCUUGACGCCCCGCACAAACCACAAAGCAUUAAAAUGGCCGCAUCUAUGCUUGCUCAGCGUCGGGCCGCCUUCGGCGUGCGCCGGUCCGCUCAGACCCCUCGUUCGGUCCGCGCCCAUGCGGCCGCUCGCCCGGUGUGGUUCCCCGGCAACCCCGCUCCUGCCCAUCUGGACGGCACCCUGGCUGGCGACUACGGCUUCGACCCUCUCUUCCUUGGCCAGGAGCCGGAGACGCUCAAGUGGUACGUGCAGGCUGAGCUGGUGCACGGCCGCUUCGCCAUGCUCGGCGCUGCCGGCAUCGUGCUGACCAGCAUCGGCGCCAAGAUGGGCCUGGGCUUCCCCGAGUGGUACGACGCCGGCAAGGUGGUUGUGGAGAAGAACAGCAUCGACUUCCCCACCCUGCUGGUCACCCAGCUCUACCUGAUGGGCUGGGCCGAGACCAAGCGCUGGUACGACUUCAAGGCCCCCGGCAGCCAGGCCGACGGCUCCUUCCUGGGCUUCACGGAGGAGUUCAAGGGCGUGGAGAACGGCUACCCCGGCGGCCGCUUCUUCGACCCCAUCGGCCUGUCCCGCGGCGACGCUGAGAAGUACAAGGAGUACAAGCAGAAGGAGAUCAAGAACGGCCGCCUGGCCAUGAUCGCCUGCCUGGGCUUCGCUGCCCAGUACGCCGCCACCGGCAAGGGCCCGCUGGACAACCUGGCUGACCACCUGGAUGACCCCGCCCAUAUCAACUUCGCCACCAACGGUGUGUCCAUCCCCAUUGCCUAAACUGGCUAUAAGUUAAACGGCGCGGCCCGCACUUCUCAGCUUGUUGGGUACGACGAUCUUCAUCCUAGCCCUGCCCAAGCAAGCGGGAGGGGCAGCAGGCUCGUGUCACGGAAGCUGCAUGGCACGGGUUGGCUCGUCGUCGUUACCACGUUGACAACCCGCGGUGAAGAUUUGGUGGCAUUGUAUGCUACCAAUCUGCGGUUGGGCAGUGGUGACGGCGAUUUUGCAUGCACACUCAUGACUGGAGGAGGGGUUGACUAAUGCUGUGAAGUUGACACCACGGUUGCUGCUUCCGAAAGCCGUUGUUCAUGCACUUGGUACGAAUACCAGGGUACGGCAGCGGUUGUCAGGAAGUUGCAGUUGGCGGCGGUUUUGUAGCGCGGAGGGAAAGCGUAAGGGUGCCACGACCUGCGUGGGAGGUGUGCAGAGAAGAGACAAAAGAGAAGAGAUAUGUUUGAAGACAAACACCUGCAAAGUCUUGAAUUGCUUGACCCAGGAUUGACAAGGUUGGGUAUCGUGAUGACAAAGCUGGCCACCAGCCUUUCUGCAUAUGAGCUGGACAGACCUGUCGUACG